CACAUAUAAAAGCCCUUUCACUUCCGAUUUUACCUUCGUUACUCUAGGGUUUUGCACACCAUAUCGCCACAGCAGCUGAUCAGCUAGCCGCCGCGAUCUUCAGCCGCUGCCAUGGGUCGUAUGCACAGCAGAGGUAAGGGUAUUUCAGCGUCGGCACUUCCGUACAAGAGGACGCCCCCGAGCUGGCUCAAAAUCUCAUCCCAGGAUGUUGAAGAAAACAUUUGUAAGUUUGCCAAAAAGGGCUUGACACCAUCCCAGAUCGGUGUUAUUCUUCGUGAUUCUCAUGGCAUUGCCCAGGUGAAGAGUGUCACUGGGAGCAAGAUCUUGAGGAUUCUCAAGGGCCAUGGGCUUGCUCCUGAGAUUCCUGAGGAUUUGUACCACCUUAUUAAGAAAGCUGUUGCCAUCAGGAAGCAUCUUGAGAGGAACAGGAAGGACAAAGAUUCCAAGUUCAGGCUCAUUCUCGUUGAGAGCAGAAUCCACAGGCUUGCUCGCUACUAUAAGAAGACCAAGAAGCUUCCACCUGUCUGGAAGUACGAGUCUACCACCGCCAGCACUCUCGUGGCCUAGAAGAGAAUUUACUGGAGAAGAGGGUUUGUUAAUCAAGUCCUAUCUCAGUAUAGGAGAGGUCCUGCUAGAAUCUCUGUUAUCCAAGACAUUUUUCCUUAGUUGUUGUUGAGGCAUGUUUUGAUAUAUGACGAGUUUAAUGGAUCUUUUACUUUGUUAAAGGCUAUUACUCAUUGUGCUA